GCGUAAUCAAAUUUUAGAUCCGGAUUCAAGUUCGAAAUGUAAACAGCUAUUGUAUUUGUUGUAGUGAAUUUUCGCGUGAAUGGGUGCGUCCCGGUGAAAUUUUCGUGAUGAAGAGAGUCAUUCUCUUCAGAAAUGGGUCUGGAGUUGAUGGAAAGGUACUCUUGGUAACACAUUCACUAGAAGAAGUGUUAGCAGGAGCAUCUCAAAAACUGGGCAUAAGAGCUACACACCUGUACACUCCACAAGGCGGACUUAUAGAUGACCUAAGGCUUAUCAGAGAUGAUGACAUCCUGUAUGUGUCUGAAGGCGAAGAUUUUGUACUCCCUCUGCAGCCUUGCCCGGGUGUAAGACCUCCGGGUCAUGUAGGAACAUCCCUCUCCCUGCAGUCGGUGGCUGGACCUUCUUUAACUUGUAGUGGAGUCUCCUCAACACACGAUUGGGUCACCCUUAAUGUUGGGGGCAGAGUCUUCACCACUACAAGAGCUACACUUGUUACCAAAGAACCUAAUUCUAUGCUUGCAAAAAUGUUCAGUUGCGAAGACAACCAUCUAUUACCCAGCAAUAGAGAUGCACAUGGAGCUUACCUCAUCGACCGAUCAUACACAUAUUUUGAACCAUUACUCAAUUUCCUGAGGAAUGGCACUUUAAUUCUCGAUCCAAGCAUAAACCCACAAGGUGUCUUGGAGGAGGCUCGCUUCUUCGGAAUAGAGUCGGCAGUUCCGCACCUGGAGGCACUGACUUGCGCACAGGAUGAAACUCCAGACGUUGAGCCGCUCACCAGACAUGAUGUUGUCAAAGCUUUAAUCUCCACACAUCAUAGAGAUGAACUUAGGUUCCAAGGGGUCAGUCUCAAACGAGCUGACCUCUCCAAGCUUGACCUCAGAAAUAUUAACUUCAAGUUUGCAGACCUCUCACAGUGCAACUUGUCAGGUGCAAACCUGAAUGGUUGCUGCUUGGAGCGUGCAAAUCUGUGUGGGGCGAAUUUAGAAGGUGCCCAGCUACUUAAUGUCCGCCUUCUCUGUGCAAAUCUUGAGUCUGCAAAUCUCCGUUCUUGUAAUUUUGAAGAUCCUGCAGGAACUCGCUCAAACUGUGAAGGUGUAAAUCUCCGAGGAGCUGUGCUAGAAGGCAGCAUGUUGGCCGGUGUAAACCUACGCGUUGCAACAUUAAAAAAUGCAAAUCUGAAGAAUUGCGAUUUACGUGGUGCUGUCCUUGCUGGUGCUGACCUAGAGAACUGUGACCUCUCUGGAAGCGACCUACAAGAAGCUAACCUACGGGGGGCGAACUUGAAAGAUGCGGCAUUUGAACUCAUGCUGACGCCUUUGCACAUGUCCCAGACAAUGACGUGUGAUCUGUAACUGUGUAGGGCCUGCAGCUCCAGCUGACUAUCAACUGCCAGAUUGAUUUUGAGGAAGGAAGCUUAAUUGGUGUUGGGUACAUGCACUGUCCACUAUGGUUUAAUUCAUUAUUUUUUAUUUAUUAUUAUUUUUUUUUACACACAAAUGGCUCCAGAAGGAAGAAAUCAGUUAUAGGCCUACUUGAUCUCUCCUAAUUUACCCCAUUCUUAGAAUUUUCAGGAAAAGUAGAUUAUUUUAUAUCUAUUGACGUUAUUAUUCAUAAUGUUAUCAUCAUUGUUAGCACUGUGAAAUGGUCAACAAUAACAUAAAAAAAAAUUAUCCUAAAAAAUUUGAGGCAUAGGGUAAACAGGUAAGUCAAAUAAACUAAGUAGUUCUAGAUCCUUCUAUGUGUAAGAAAAAAAAAAGAAAAAAAAAAAACAUAGUGGACAGUGCAUGUAUACAAUGGCUGCUAGUGUCAGUGUAUUUAAAAGUGAUGGUAUAAUUCCUUUGCCAGUUUGAAUUAUUUUGCAUUUAGCUUUAAGUGAAGCAUUUUCAGGCAUUGCUGUUACUCUAGUAUGAUUAUUUAACCAGCAGUCACAUAGUGCUUCUAUGAUACUAAGAAUAUAACCUUGAGAUUUGUAAACAAGUGUUUGUGUGUAAAGUGUCAAGUGAGACAAUUUAUAUGUAUUUCUUUUUAAAAAUACAUGAGUUCACAAGUAACAGUAAAGUUCUGUCAAUGAGAACAAUUUGAUUAUAAUUUUAUGACUGAAAAGCCAUGAAAGAAAACUAUUCAAUUUUACCUGUUGUCACUUGUGAUGUAUGUGUGUAUGUAGAACUGCAUGUCAGAAUAGAAGUGAACAAUAGUUUAUGACAAAUGGAAUACUGUAAUCUAAAUAGGCAGUUAUCCAUUUUAUAAGUAUAUUCUGGUGCUAAAACCUAAGUUCACUUUUGAUUUUUAAAGUCAAACUGAGUGUGAGAGACUGAUAUUGAGUUAAUAACACUAUCCAUAUAUCCCAUAUAUAUUUUUGUUACAAGUAUUAUGUACAUGACGACAUGUAUGCUACAUUCAUUACUACUGCCAUUUUACCAUGUUAUAAGUCAUUGCUUUUAUUUAUGUUGUAUUUGUGCCAUAUACAGUGAUAUGAAAUAUUGUGCACAAAGUGGAUGUUCUACUGAGUUCAACAACUCAUAUUUGUUCUACAAUAAAACUAAAAAAAUCAGUA